UAAACAGAUAGUGGAAGAAGCCGCGCCCAGUUCAUUCCUCCGUGCAGCAACACAACUCGACCGCAACACAGGGAAAUUACUCGUUACAACAUCUAAUUUUUCAAACUUUGUGCUCGAUGUUGAGUUUUAUGCAUUCUGGGUUCAGAGAGACAAGAAGAUCACUGAUUUCAAACCAGCUUCCACUUCGGAAAACACAGUUACAUGCAACGUGAAAACAAGUGUCGACUGGCCUGACUGUUAUCCGAGGUGGAAGCUGGCUUGAACGCAGUCGGAGAGAGGUUCAGUUAACAUGGCAGGUCAACAAAAUCGUAUCUCUACACAGGAAAUGUUACAUUUUUGCGUGACUGUUUCCUGUGUGUUGUUUGGUUCAGCCAGUGGUCAUACAAAUGAAGAGAAGUGCUAUGGCAGUAGUAUGAUAUUUCCAAUGUCAUAUUCGCCACCUUCUUUCAAAGGAAGGAUGUACUUCACCCCUAGUAGUGGGGGACCCAGGAAGCUAAUCAUGGAUAAUGGGGAGUUAAAGGACCCACGCCUCGCCAUUUCCUAUCUCUCAGCUGAACUUAAACAUUUGACCGAAAGAGAUCAAGGAACUUUUUCGGUCAUGCUUUCAAACGGUUUUGAGACAGAUGUCAUCAGACUGAAGAUUUCGGAUUGUUCUAAGAGGGUUACAGAGUAUUACGGAGCUACAUACUCCAGUGAUGUCCCUAGUGAUGCUGAAUUCCUGGAGUUCACUCUGCUUUAUAGUAAGGACCAGCCAAAGGUCCUCUGGAAUCGUACCAACCCUCAGACCAAUAGGGGACGCAGAGUGCAGGUGGCACGUAGUGGGAGAUCAUGGGAGAUUAAUGACCUCACCCAGGCAGACAACGGCUACUACAGCUUCAGAGCAAAAGACAACAAUUUGCUAAUAAGGACACGGCUCGAAGUAAAAGAGCACGCUUCACACUAUAAUGCAAAGAUGGAUGAAGAGAUCUUCAUUGAAAAUCUUUUUGGUGGCUCCGUGUGGACUGUGGAUUUUAAACGUGAGGACGAAGAGGAUUACUAUUUCGGAACAUUGAUCGAAAAAGGCAGACUCCAAAACAGACCCGCAUUUAAAAAAAGGCUUCAGAUCUAUGAUGAUGGCAUAAUCAUUCAUCCUGUGAGACACGGAGACUCUGGCACCUUUGAGUUCAGAGACCAGCAAGGCAACCUGGCUCAGAUUGUGGAGCUGGUGGUAGAGGUAGAGGAGGAAAAGGUUCCUACAGGGGAUAUUAUUGGUAUUGCUGUCGGGAGUGUCUUUGCAAUGAUUGUCUGCUGUUGCUGCGUGAGAAAGUGCUGUUGUAAAAAGAGCUCUUCUAAAAGGGACGAGUCCACACCUCCUGUGUUUAACCAUGAUUCGACUCAACCCGCAGUCCCAAGUUACUCUGCUGCACCUGCUCCACAUCACUCUUAUCAGCCAACAAACUCCUUUGUUCCUACAGAACCGACAACUACCUCCCUCGAGCCAUCGGUUCACAACCCAGUGAAUAUCCAUGUGAACCCCCCUCAGCCAGAGGUUGUACCUCUCAGAGGGCAGACAACCGAUCCAGCUCCUACACUCGGCUCUGAUUGUCUCUCCUCGGAUCCUGGGCCACAGUUUGAGCUGAAGGGACUUACCUUUCUCACUGGGCCUCCCCUUAGCUCAGAGUCAACUUCCACUGAUGUUUAUACCUCAGAUAAACUCAAUUUUCUCUAAAGAGCUCAGUGGAAAUUUAAGUGAAGCUUUGUGCUUCGUUACUAACAGGCACCAUUAACGACCAUUUCAGUCCUUAAUGCGAUUGUGUGAUAUAGAUCCGUGAAAAAUUAAGUUUCCACAAACUUGUAAGGUGCACAGGAUAAGGACCAUAUAAGGAAUCAAGAUAUAAUUCACACUAUGUUGACACAUCGCCAGACUUUCCAUAGAUUAAAAUGUGGGAUAUUGUUCUUUCAGUAUAGAUAAAAACACAAUAGCAGCAAGAACAAAGUUUGAGGCCUCUUGAUAACUAAGCAGUCGAGGUUUUGGAGUAAUAUCAUGACAUAAAUCAUUAAAGUCAAUUCCUACAAAUGAUGAAGUUAUUUUUCACAGGCAAGGAAGAAUUAAGCUCACAGACUGUACUUAUUGUAGAGUGAACAACAAUAAUCAGGUUUUAUGUGUUAUAUGCAAUAUGAAUAUGCAUGCCUUAAACUCAGGUUAUACUGUAUACAAAAGGCAUAAUAUAGACUUUCUCCUGCUGCAAAGAGAUACCAAUGGUAGAAGAGAUGUUACAUUAGGACUGAAAGAAGUGCGCCUGUUUAGCAGAAUUUAGAAUUUGAAGGCUUCAACAUCCAGGGAGAUCAAAAUAAUGCACUUUCACUGUCUUACUAUCUUAUUACCCAUAGUAUUUUAAAUGCUGGUUUCAAAAUUUUAUCAUGGCCGUUUCUGCCUCAUAUGUCAGUGUGUGUGACGUGUCUGUGUGACUUUUAUCAAUACAUUCUGAGAAAUGUGAGAUUUUUAUUAAGUUUUGGGCUUUGUAACUGUAACUGUGUUAGAUAUUGUGUAUUGUGUCCAUAUGCUCUUCUUAUGGCCAAGAUCAUUAGAGCGUGAAAUCAAUGUAAAAAUAAUUAUUUGAUUCAAAUAUCUGCAUUAUAUGUAAAGAUGUUUUUUACUUUGACUUUCAAAAAUAUUAGCUUCCUAUGGCGUACACUGACUGCCAAAAGGUGAGAACAUUUUUGUUGACUGACAAUUUAAGCAGAUGCUGCUAGUCUGGUAAAUCUUUCAAGAUUGCAAUAUAGCCUUUCUGUUAUUAUUCAUACUAGUGCAGUGCCCGUAGGAAGUAUGUAUUCGUCUGCAACUCCAUAAAACACUUACUUUUCUUAAGGUACGCAUAACAUCCAGCACAUACACAUUGAACAUUGAUAUUCACUGGAAACUAUUCGAAUAUUAUUGGAAAAUCGAACCUUGUAGCGCACUUUAAAACUCUGAAUGAAAGGUAGGCUAAAUCGACUUGCAGGCGUGGAAAUCCAGAGUGAAUUGUGUUGCUGACCAGGUGUAGGCCUAUCACACAAUGGGGCGGAGCUCCCCUAAAAGCCGCCUGAUCGGAAACGGUGCAAUGCCGCAACACGUAAUAUUUUGAAAAAUGAAUUCAAAAAUCUUCAAAAUCAAGAAUGCACACCUUCGUGCCAUGCGCAACAGACAGCAAGAUAUGCCCUUGACACACAUCCACACACACAAACACUUCUUCCUUUAUAUAUAUAUAUAUAUAUAUAUAUAUAUAUAUAUAUAUAUAAAUACAUUUAUAUAUAGGCGUUUUCACAUGUAAUACAGUGGUGGAAUGUACCUAACUACAUUUACUCAAGUUUUGCACUUAACCACAAUUUUGCGGCACUUGACAAACUCAAUACCUCAUUUUAUAUAACUCUAUGUUCUAGUCCACUACAUUUUUAGGCAAAUAUUGUACUUUUUACGUCAUUACAUUAAGCCAACAACCUAAGUGACUUUUCAGGUCAAGAUUUAAUGUAAAUUUAAAGUGAUUAGACAUUUUUUUAUUAUUAUUAUUAAACCACAUAUGAUACUAUAAUAAGUAGUUAAACAAGCCUUACUUUGAGAAAAUUAAAAUGCUGCUUUCAAUAACUGUAGCUGCCAAAAUGCGUGUUUUGCCUGCCUUUGUUGUGUUGCCUUGUUGUGUUGUAUGUAUAAUAAAACAGUUCAAAGGCGCAUAUCUGGACUUGAGUUUGCAUUUGUUGGAACGCGCCACAGUUAACAGCCCACUUUGUCUCUUUGCAUGUUUCUUAAUGGAUAGUAGUUGCUAUAAUAAUCCAAUGAUGUACGUAUGUGGAAUAUAUAUGACAAUCUGAGUGGAUAAUUCUGUAUAAUGAGUUAUUUUACUUUUGAUACUUUAAGUACAUUUCGAUAAUGUUACUUUUUGUACUUUUGCUUAAAUACGUUUUAAAUGCAGGACUUUUACCUUUAGUAGAGUAAAUUUACAGUGUGGUGUUAGUACUUUUACUUAAGUAAGGGAUCUGAAUACUUUUUCCACCAUUAGUGUAACAUUAGUGAAACACAGCACUGGUACAUAUGGGUAGUUCCUGUGGGCGGCUGUGUUUAAAAUGAUAGUCUUGUCCUUCAGUGAAAUUUUUUUAUUUGUAUUAAUCCAUUUUUGCACAUGUGCUAAUGUUAAGUAAAAUGUUGCUGACACUAAUUC